GUUUCGCGGAAUCGUAAACGCACAGUGGUUCAGCUGCACAAGUGUGCAUUGCGAGGGAGGACCCCUUCAAAAUGCUAUCCCUCUUCGUGUUGCUGCUAUUGGCAGCAUGUUCUUGCGCCGACAAGGAAUUAUUUGUCUACCCCACUAUACUGGAAGAGCGGACAACUGCGAAAAAUUUAGUAAUGCGGCUGACUGAAGAGAUGACACUUAACCUCAAGAAAAGCUCCAUUCUCGCGGAGACACUCUUGUUUGUUACCAGCAACGAAGGCAGCACCCAGCUGGAGGCAGUAAACACAACAAGUAUUGAGGAACAUUUAUACCACGACACUCACCACCAAUCCUCUGUGAUGGUACACCAGAGAGAUGGCACAGUGCAAGUUGAAGGGAUCCUCAACAGCAACCUGAGAAUUAAGCCUCUUCCAGAAGGUGAACGUUCGCGGCGAGGUCAAAUGUUGCAUAAAUUAUAUGAAGUACAAGAGACAAAAGAUAAUUUCAAAGACUCAGAGCUGCUGCUUUCUAUAUGUGCUCUCUAUUGUGGCUAUAAUUUUGGUGCAAUGACUCACAAUACACGACCAGUGACAGCUGCUCCUGCGCAACAUAUUCGAACGAAGGACACAGCGUCAUUCAGAUUUUUCACUGGCUAUUUCAUAUGUGCAAAAAUGUAA